GCAGCAGCACCUUCCUUACCCCAGCGCUGAACGGGAACAGAAAAUCGAGCGUUACCGGGAUUUCACCAUCCACCUUUCCUGUUGUUGUUGGAGAUCUGUGGAUUGCUCACCGCUUGGGGAUCGGUCCUGUGUGCGGGGGGGUGUCAUUUUUUUUGUCUGCGUGUGAAAAGGCUGAGAUGAGCUCGGCGGCUUUGCUACGUUAGAACCGCUGCAACUGACAGGCAGUGUGUGUGUGCACUUCACUCCAAGAUGGCCGCUUGGUGCUUAACGCUGGCUUUUUGCUGAUCCACUCUUAAGUUUCGUCGUGUGCUUUUAAAAAAGAGAAAGAAAAAAGAGCUGGUGAGCAGCGACUCUCGCAAAGCAGAGCAAGGUGCGCGAGCCUCAUGACGAUGCAUCGAACCACGCGAAUAAAGAUCACCGAGCUGAACCCGCAUCUCAUGUGCGUGUUAUGCGGCGGCUACUUCAUCGACGCGACCACCAUCGUUGAGUGUCUUCAUUCGUUUUGUAAAAUGUGCAUCGUGCGGUAUUUAGAGACCAGUAAAUACUGUCCCAUAUGUGACGUGCAAGUUCACAAAACCAAACCACUUCUAAAUAUCAGGUCGGAUAAAACCCUUCAGGACAUUGUGUACAAGCUGGUGCCUGGUCUGUUCAAAAAUGAAAUGAAGCGGAGAAGAGAUUUUUAUGCAGCGCAUCCAUCUGUUGAUGCUGCUAAUGGAUCGAAUGAGGAUCGGGGAGAAGUGGCUGACGAGGACAAGAGAAUCAUUGCUGAUGAUGAGAUCAUUAGUCUCUCGAUUGAGUUUUUUGAUCAGAGCAGAUAUGGAAAUGGUGAUGGUGAAAACAAAGAACCCACAAAAGAGGCAAAUGUAAAGCGUUAUUUGCAAUGCCCAGCUGCCAUGACAGUUAUGCAUCUCAGAAAGUUUCUUCGAAGUAAAAUGGAUAUUCCCUGUACCUUCCAGAUUGAAGUCAUGUAUGAAGAUGAGCCUCUGAAAGAUUAUUAUACAUUAAUGGAUAUUGCCUAUAUCUACACCUGGAGGAGGAACGGUCCACUGCCUCUGAAGUACAGAGUGCGUCCUGGGUGUAAGAAGCUAAAGCUGAGCAGCGCGCCGAACUGUGGAACCGCAGGUCGAAAACCUGAAACGGAGAGUGACUCUGGAAGCGAAAAGCUCACUAGUCCGGUCAUUCACGCUCCUACACCUUCCACAUCCUCUUCUCUUCCAAGUCAGAGCGCUCCAGUCAAAUCCUCACAUUCAAGUUUCUCUCAUCUCUCACCAGUCAAUGGAGUUUCCAACAAAGCCGGCCCUAACGGCCAAGUCUCAUUCAGCAGCAAAGCCAGCAAGGGCUCAGUUAAUGACUCUAACCCUCUGGGGUGACAAAAAGACUAAUGGACAUGAAAGCUGUCAGAGGAGGAGCUGGACACAAAGUUUGAACUGUAGUCAGAGACAGUGAUUUUUCUGGAUUUGGUAAGAAAAGCUAAGCUGCGACUGCUAACUCUGUCCCUGAGUCAGCACAUGCAACGUUUUUGCAAUCGGGAGCUGUUUUUUUUUCUUUUUUUCGAAAGGCAGUUUCUUUACUGAACCACAUUUUGCUUUUGUAUCUUGUAUGUUUAAGUAUGUAUGUUAAGUAUGACUUCUUAUGUUUCUGUUAAUUACUAAGCUUUCAUUGGUUGAACAAAGUUCAUGAAGUAUAUUUUGUGCAUGAAGAACCCAAAAUGAACGCCAGGAAUAUUUUGUAUAAAACUCCAAAUCAGUCAUAUAGAUUAGGGCAUCGGUGUGUAGAAAAGGAUUUUGUUUUUAAAGGAAGCACUGGUAUACCAGUCAGACACAAUUGGUUAAAAAGACAGUUGAUUGUUUAAAAAAAAAAAAAAAAAAAAAAAAGGUAUUAAGGGCUAUUAAGUUCUUGUCUAAUUUUAGUUAAGCUCUGAAAAAAGAAACAUAUGUGGAAGAAAAAUGAAGGAUCAACUAGAAACUCUUGGAUGUUCUAUUCAUGCUUCAGACAGUUCCUCAAAUGUUUUGAUUUUGAGAAACUCCAUGAAAGUUUAGAAGAUCGUUCAGGAACCAAGAUGAAGUACGACCUUUGAAUAGUCGCUUCCUUUUUUUCUCACUUCAGUGGAUAUUAAAAUGUCCAGAUUAUUGAUUUCACAUGCCUUAGCAUAUUUGUCUUUUCAGUGUAUUUUGCCUAAGGGGACAUGUCUUUGUUCAUGUCUUUGUGCUACAGAACUGUCUAAGUUUCCUGACAAUUAUUUUUGGCCGACACUUUCAGGCCUGUGUAUCGUUUUCUGUUGUACAAUAUAAAACCUGUAUCUGAAUAAACAUUUUACGUUUUUAUUACUAAGAUGUCGGCUUUUUGAUUUUCUUG